GCCAAGCUUUUGGAGGUUUAGAUGUUUUAUAAACAUCAGCAUGUAUUGUACAAAUUCUAGUAAACCUCUUCUUUAACCAGCAUCGUUCUCAGUCGCUGGUCUUCAAUCUUUCUUUUAGAACCUUCACACUCGCUUUACAAAACCUACUCACUCUUUAUAACAAUUCAAUAAAAUGCGAACCCAAGCCUUCUUCGCCAUGCUUUUUACCCCCGGCGCUAUUGCCGGCGGUACCUUUAUCCCAACAGAUCCCAAGCUCGCUCAUCGUGCACCUGAACCUUUUCCUUGGCCCCAGUUGCUAAACAACCCUCACAUGACCACACCAGUUGUAUGGUAUCAAAUUGGUCAAAUUAAAAUCUGGACCGACACCCGGGGCGUUGACUUCGUCAGGGAUGGUACAAAAUUCGAUACGUUCGACCAGUGUAUCAACCACUGUAAAACAUUUAGCGUUGUACAUAACUCUCCCGUCGAUAAGCCAACCGAUGCGAAAUGCAACUACUAUUGCACCACCUAUUGGGAUCAAGUUAAAAAGUCCCGCUAUUAGGACUUGCUAACGAACCGACCCCAGAAGGCAGACGGUUGCAACCGAAGGAUGGGCAAGAUGUAGAAUUGGAGGUGCUUUCACAAGUUGGGGCUCUUUGCCGACGCGAGUUAUAUCAUACAGGAGGGGGUCCGCAGGCACAGAGCGAAUAGCCCCAACUGGCAGGGUCGGCAAAACUAGCUUGAGGAACUUUGCAAGAGCAAUAAUGCCGACAUAAUCUACCGGUACCUAAGACGGAGAGAUGAUGUACCAAUGUGGUAGCGGAAAAGAGUCUGCUUAAGGAAGCCAAGAGGGGCAUGUUAUGGCCAUUUGGUAGCAGUUAGUCCUGGUUAUAUUGAUACGUUAACGGAUGGUAGCUUCUAGCCAAUCCAUGAAAUAUACCACCCUAAUUAG